UGUCAAAAUCAGCUGGUUUGACGUCAAAGAGAACGUAAAAUAGUUCGCAAUGUUACAUUCAGUUAUUGAGUGGAAAUUGGCAAAUAUAUCUGGAUGUCGUAAUAGAUUUUGGCUGUUAUAUUUGUGCAGACUUACAGACGACAGUUAUUCAGUACAAAUCAGUGCUGUUGGGUUCUGGGGAAGAGUUACAUCCAGUGUCAGAGGGCUGAAAGUUAUCGGGGCUGUUUAGCUUAAAGUAAUAGAUAAGAGCAAUAAGAAUAAAGUGGUGGUGUGUGGAAAAUCAAACAGCAAAAAUGGUUGUUAUAUUUUCAAGAUUCGCAGCUUUUACUACCAGACACCCAGUGGUUAGGGGUAUGAUUGCGUAUGGUACAUUAUGGCCUACUUCAUGUCUAAUUCAACAAACUAUGGCAGGAAAAACGAUCGAAAAUUAUGAUUGGAUGCAGGUUCUCAGAUUCAGUCUUUAUGGAGGCCUAUUUACAGCCCCGACUCUGUACGCUUGGAUAAGAAUAUCUAGUAAACUCUGGACAGUAACAUCCUUUAAAACAUCAGUAGCCAAAGCUUUGGUUGAACAAGUGACUUAUGGCUAUGUGUAUGCUUUUGGCCAGUAUUACAAACAAUAAACUUCCAAUACAUCCCAGAGCACAAUCGAGUGCCCUUUGUGAGUGCAUGCAGUCUAGUUUGGUGCUGUUUCUUAGCUUACAUGCACCAAAUGUCGCUAAAGCGAGCAAACGAAAUGAAACUUAGCGAACGAUUGAUUGGCACUCCUGAGGCUGCUAGUGUAAGUUACGUAGUGAAGUAAUUUUAUAAUGACCUAGCCAAAUUUGUAGAAAUCCAAACAUUCUUAUUUUAAUCCUAAUUUAAUGAUUUUUAAAAGUAAUUCUUAUGAGCCGAGUAUAAGACAAAUGUGAUAAAUUUAUAGCCAAUUUUAACGCAACGUUUCUAGUCAAGCAAUUAACGUAACGUCGUCAAUCCGAACAUGCAAACUAUGUCCUAUUUUUGGUAAUGAGUCAAAAAUAUUUUUUGUCCUACUACGUAGAAGAUUGGCUUCUGUCCAACAAUGCAAGCCGCUCGAUUCUGAGAAAAUAAUUUAGGCACUCGCGUCAAUGAAGACGCGUAGAUUCACUUUAUUUGGAUGACAAAAUAAUGUAGGUAAUUUUAAAAAUACAUGUCAUUCCACCCACGAAACUAAAGUUUUUUUCAUAGAACUUUUUACUUUAAAUAUUUUUUUUGUAAAUUAAUCGCAUACCUACAGGGGAUAAACCGAUUGGAAUUUUGUUUAUUGUUACUUGAAUGUUUUUCCAAUUGCAUAUAAAUACUUCCUAAUUUAUAGUCAAUGUCUGUGACCAGCUAGUUGAACUAGUUUAGAUUUAAAGUAGGUUUAGAAAUUCAUCUCCAAUCCGCUGGCGGAUUUUUCACUUUAAUUAAAUCUAGUUAAAUUUGAGAACAUGUACAGGGAGGUUUUACGCUCCCUACUUUGAAGACUUAGUGAGUAAAACAUGAUAUACAGUAUGUUCUAGGACACUAUAUUGGUUAAAAAUGAUUGAAAAUAUUCGGCAUGCAAAAAAUUGAAUUGAUUCCGUGCUAUACAGAGUGUUUUAUAUAUAUUGCAAACAUUAUCAGGAAUGGAUUUUUUUGAACCGCUCAGGACAGUUAAUAUUUGGAAUCAGGUUAAAUUUUUCCUGAUUGCAAAUAUUAUUUGUCCGCUUAAGCCGUUUAAAAAAAAAUGAUUUGAAAUUACGAACACUAACAUCUUCAUUCUCAUGAAUAGGGUUGCCAUUUUAAAGACCAAAAUUAAUGUUUGAGAUUUUUUAAAUUUAAUUUUAAAUCCUUACUUGUUAGGAAAUAAUAAAAAUAAACUUGUUUGCAAUAUAUUCUUAAACAAACUUACUAGCAACAAGUGUACUAAUUGGUAAUUAGAUGUAACGACCCCCCCUCCAUAUCCAUACACUUUCAGUCCUUUGUUUGCACUUCUAAAAUAUUAACGGUAAAGAUUUUAUUGAUAAUUUGUACAAAUUUGCUUUUAAAACACCAUGCAUAACACGGCAUCGAUUUCUUUUAUCACUAACAGGGCUCAAGCCCCAAAGGCAUUUAAAACUAUUUUUAACUUAUUAUAUUCAUCCUGGGACAUACUGUGUAUGCAAAAGAAUAUUUUACUUGAAAAAUUAAUGACCCAUUUGUAGAAAACUCUGUUCUACACCAAAACCCCCUUGUACAUAGUUUCAAUGGGUACUCAAUCAAAUGUGAUAUAUGUUGGUUUUGAAUAAAAAAUAUUAUAAACAGAUAAA